AUGGGCUCGCCCCUUGGCCCGCUUUUGGCGAAUAUCUUCAUGGGAAAAUUAGAAGCUGUCCAGUUACGUCACCAGAUCAACGGUCUACGAUACUAUGGGCGAUACGUGGAUGAUAUAUUCGCGAUUGCACCGAAACUAAGCGACAUCUCAAUGCUACUGCAUGACAUAAAUCAAGCGCACCCAGCAAUAAAAUUCACUCUGGAAGAAGAACAGGCCGGUUCACUUCCCUUUCUGGAUGUGCUUCUGAGUAGAAGACCUGACGACAGCAUUCGACGUAGCGUUUAUCGUAAGAAAACGUGGUCCGGACAAUACACCCAUUUUGGGAGUUUCGUACCGCUAAACGUUAAACGUAAUUUAGUCCGCUGUUUGACAGAAAGAGUGAGAAGAAUCUGCUCAGCCGAUAGCGUUGAGAAAGAGCUUAAGAUCAUCGAAAGCCUAUUUCGCCAAAACGGGUAUCCUGACCGAUUCAUCGCUAAGAACAUGGCCGAAAGACCGCAAAAGCCCCCGAUGCUGACGGCGGGAAAGAAAAGGCUCUUUAUCAGGGUCCCAUUUCAAGGGGAUGCACCAAGUGAACUUCUGAGAAGACGCCUAACCCAAGCUGUAGCACAGACCUUUCCAGCAGCUGACACCCGUGUAUUGUUCUCCACCAGUCCCAUCCUAUACGGAGAGGGCAAGGACAAACUACCAGCUCAGACCACCUCUAUGUGUAUGUACUCCUUCACCUGCUCCUGUGGGGCAGAAUAUAUUGGUCGCACGAGCCGGCGUUUAUCCAAAAGAAUGAAAGAACAUCUCCCAGCAUGGUUAGGAAAGGGACAAAUUAAGAACAUCAACAGCUCGAUCCUCGCGCACAUGGUAGACACAGGCCACCGUGUAGACGCCACAGAGGCCUUCAGAGUGAUCUACAAGGUCCCAUCAAGCUAUCCAAAACUGCUUGGGCAGCGCUUGUUGGCAACGGCAGAGGCGGCUGCAAUUAGGCUACGCCGGCCGGUCCUAUGCGCGCAGAAGAAUUUCGUGCAGGCCCCACAGUUACCAUGGGCCAAAGCCACCAAGCCAGACACCCGCAUGUAACUGCAUUCGCCGGGACCCACCUUCCCCCUGGCGCCGACUGGAAUUAUGGUGUCUCACCCUCCCCCUCCCCUACCCUCCCCUAUCUACCCGUAUCUUUUGCAUUCAUUACUUCAAUAGCCAUAUAAAUGUACAGGCCAGAAGAGAAUUUAUCGAAAGCAAACGUAUGCUCGCCAAAUUGCCUUUUCAAAUUGUUUUCUAGGACUUCAUAUUCUAAACAGAAAAAUUUAAGUUACAUUUGACUGCCAUCCCUUUUCACAUAGGCCAGUGGUCGAACAAAAUUCCCCUUUCAUGCUUUUCGCAAACUUACCUGGGUAAGAUAAGCACUCAUAAUAAUUCGGCGGCAAACUUCAAAGUAUGUGCAUGGGAGUAAUUUUGCUGUAUUUUGGCAGGACAAUGCGCGGACUCGAUGAAGCUUUAACAACGCAAAGCCCUUCUGCAGCUUCCUUUCGCUAACAUGUUUCAAUCGACAAUAUUACACUUUGUUUAGACUCAUGUGUUAUGGAGUAUGCGCCAAACUAAACCGUGGGCCAAAAAGCUAAAUUAACUCAUCUUUUUUAUCCAACACUGGGUCCGAAGAACUUGCAGACCCAACAAGUUUGUAAAAUAUCCUUAGACGUCAAGCAGGUCUCCAUGGACCUCAGUUCGCAAAUACAAACUUCUAUUUUUGUGUCUCAUUUUCCUGAGUCAUUACUUUUCUUAACUUCUUCAAUUGUCUUCUGGUGGAGAGGAUGUUGGAUAACGCAAAAUAGCACUAUUUUAGGUGAUAUUGGAUUAAAUAAUUCUCAAUAAUCGUUGACCUGCCAAGAUUCCUAUACGGAGAAUAAUUUUCCAAAAGCCGUUUUUUCGCCAAUUCGCUUUAAACGACAUUAGAGGCACUUUUUGAUGUUGAAGAAAAAACCUGCAUUUUGCAAUCUUCUUAAACACCAUAACAACUGUAUAUAUUAAUUUCCGUGUAGUCCUGACUAUUUUUAGGGAAACUGCGAUCAUUGAAGUACGUUGAACACAAAGAUUUCGGAAGUAACAAACCAUUAUCUCUGCAGACAUGAAAGUUGUUAAUUUACAAAGUGAAAACAAGGUCGAAAAGUAAAUCAACUUGGAAGUGAUCGCGGAAUUACACCAAUUUAUAUUGCUUUCUACCCGUUCAUGAUUCUUUUAUUGCGGAAUUGCGUAUACCAAUACAUUCAUGUACAUAUGGUAGCAUAUAGGGAAAAAAAGUCUGGGUGUAGAUGGACACAGACCUAUUUCGAGCUUGUUUGUCUUGAUUCGGUCAACUGUAACCCUGGUCACCAACGGGGAUAAGAAAAACAAACAUGCCUACACACACCUGGCCCAGCUGGAUCACCACCGGGGUCUACCAGAUGGGUCAUAAGCACUUCAUUUAACCGGAGUUUAGUAGUGCCUUUCUUGCCACCUAAAUAUGAAUGCAUAUAUAUAAAUAUAUAUUUAAUGUUAAAUGUUCACUUUCAUCACAGUCAAAGGCAGCUAAUAUAUGCACAUACGACCAUUAACGCAUGUUCUAGGUUGGUAUUUUUUUGACCUGUAAGUUUACCAUCAAAUUUGACCUAGACCAUGGUAUGCGAGUCAAAAAAUAUUUGCAAGUCUCUCCACAUUUACUUGGUUAAAUAUCCCCUCCAGCAGUCUUGUUGGUUUAUCUUUCCUCAUUUGCAUUCUUGAGACGCGGGAUCUGAAAUAAAAUAUGUGUCGAUUUUACCAUUCUUGGCGCAAGAGGGAUGGAUUACAGGAAUUACCUGAAUGAAAGUACCACAGGCCAUAGAAGACGCUGAAGAGAAGGACCUGCCGCAGUUUUUCUUAAGUCAUCAAAAGAUCGUUUUUUGAACUGUAGAUUAGCUGUUCGAGCUAAAGCAAUUAUGCAAAAAUUAGUUUUAGCGGGAUGCCCACAUUGUCUCUCGACCCGUUUUACGCGUAUUAACAACUGGUCGAUGCAAAUGCCAGACUAGUCGUAGAGAUUUACUGUUAAUAUGCAGUUGUGAAUAAUUAGCCCAAUCUAAGACGUUGUCUGUCAGUGUUUAUCAAGAAGUCAUCAGUGAAGAUCAAACCAUAAAUAUGGCCAGCGUGUGGUUUGAAUGCUGAGACUAUGGUUUGUCAGCUCGUAUUCCUUUGGGUAUUUCGCAAGUAGUUCGCAGCCAAGAGAAUGGCUGAAUGUUAUGACUGCUAUUUGGUGUUAAAAAAUCAUUCUGAUAAGACGAUGAACUCGACAGUACAAGACAGCCUAUACACAGCUCCACAAACUAAAGUGCGGAGUGAUUAGUUCUUUGGUAGCAUGUCCAUAUGGGGAUAGAUAUUUACCCGUGAUAGUAGACAGGCAGAGCUCCUACAAACCUUCAGUAUAAAGAUACUGAUAGUCCAUAGCCGGUUCUUUUAAACAUGCGGUUAUCUACGAGCCUCUGUCAGUGUCGUUUUUGUUUCUUGCACGGUCUUUUACGAAAAGACAGUAAAUGCUCUUUAACCUCCAGGGUUAGCAUGUUUUCGCGUGAUACACGGACAUGCACGGGUAGGGCGCGUUAUUUGCCAUUUGCGGGUGGUGACAGCUCCGCAUGUCCCUUAACUGGCACCCAGUUCUCAUCUCUGGCUCCCCGAAGUUAGGUUUUGCCUGGCGGCAAGAACCCGGUAGCCGCUAAGCCAGAUGAGAGUGUACGUCUUCGCAUCUGCCCCCAGAAUCGGACAUUUUUCUCCACUUCCCGUUCUCCCCAUCUCCACCGUCAAAAACAUCAUAUAGUGAGGACGACAUGCAAUCCCGUGGGCGGCGCGAAAUGACUCGGGUCGUUCUUCACUUAACGAAGCGCUGACAGAUAGUGGAGAUUGGCAGCCGUCUGAGAUCGCUAAGCAGCCCUAGUUACGAAAAGCGCUGCUUAUCUCCUCAAGAGAAGAACUAAAAUCUGUGCCUAAAACAAAUUCUGAUUCACGUCAUCUGCAAGCUGACCGUGGCUCUCAGAUUUGCAGCUAACGGUCGAAACAAGAACAUAAGCAAAAACCCUUGUCUCCAUCUUCAGCCCAACUCAACAGGCUUUUAAGAAACUCGGCGCACUUUGGAAGGCACGAAUAAUCGUUCUCGUUUAGACAACCUGAGGAGCAACCAGUCACAGAGGACUACGAGGCUAGUGGCUAGAGAACUGGCAGACCAUAAGAUUAACAGUGCUGCUCUCAACGAGACGCGCUCUUCCAAGCAGAGCCAACUGGACGAGGCGGAUGCCGGCUACGCUUCCUUCGGAGGGGACCGUCCAAAGGCAAAGCUACGCUACAAUGACAUCAUAUUUGCCAUCUUAGACAAUAUUGUUGGACGACUGUUCUGUCUGCCGCAGAGCAUCAACGAUCGCUUCAUGACCCUCUGCAUGUCUUUUCAGGGAAGCGUAUUCGCCAUGAUCGUCAGCGUCUACGCUCCCCAACGAAACACUCCAACGAUGUGAAGAACAAGUUCUACGAAGGCCUUUACGUCCUCAUGGCGACUGUGCUGAAGGCGGACAAGCUGACUGUCUUUGGUGACUUCUUUGACCGUGUUGAGCUGGAUUGCUGGGUCCACAUGGAACCGGUGAAUGCAACAAAGUCGGCCACUUCCGUCUGCGUACCUACGCAGAAUUCCGCCUCCAGCUGA